CUCAUACGCCGCCGCCGCCUCUCGCAAGGACUGAAACAACGACCGCAUCGCCCCUCCCUUUUCCCACCACCGCCGCCUAACCCUAGUAGAAGAAACUUGCCUAAUGUUCCCGGCGUUGAGCCCCAGCUUCGACACCGGCCAGUGCCCGCUGCGCUCCAUUCCGCUGGACUUCCUCUUCAUUUCCCACGCCUACCUCCAGAACAUCUAGGCCUCCCCAUGUGUGUUGCCAUGUCGGGGCUCUGUUCCCGCCAGAUCCGGCCGUGCGACCGUCGCUACGAGCCACCCCGUAUCCAGGCUCGCGCUCCGCCUCGCAGAGCCCAGGGAGGCCAGCGGUUGCAGAUCACCUGCUUCCCCAACUAUGUGCUCUCCUGGCGCUACAACUUCGAGAAGGACCUUGACGAGUUGAUCCAGUACCACAACUUCUACUCUAACGUCUCACCAAAAUAUGCAUCGAGAUACUGGAGAAAGGCGAGCUCCAAGUUUCUUGCAAGGAGAGGGAGCGGCAAGGUGCAGUCAGGGAGGAGUACGCCAGGACGGUCGGCAUCCUCAAACAAGCUAGGUCAAGUCAUAUUGGAGGGCACACGUUCAGUUCUCGUAUUCAGAUUUUCGUAUCCUUGCAGCAGAAACUUCUUUAGGUGCGUAUACUAAUCAGGUUCUGAGCCUGGUAUUUCAAAGCUAGAAAACUUUUUGGUAGAGGUUCAGGUUCCAGUUAAUAUCUGUGCAUUUAAGUGAUGUUUUAGCAAAAUAGAAUUUGCAUGUUCAUCUCUGAAAAUUCACUGAACAUUUUAGUAUUUGUGCAUUUGAGUGAAUCUGCAGCUAGAAGGAGGGUAGCAUGGUCUGUAUGUAUACUUGCUUGUUUAUUGAACUGGAGCACGUCCUGUUUUGCAAGUACUAGUGAAACUGGAUCUUACUAAUUAUGGAAAUGAGCAUUUAGUUUACAUAUAACUAGAAUAUGUAUUCUUGGGUGUUCUCAUUAUCAUGGCGCUACCGGUAUAUAUUCUUGUAUAGUAUGGAAAUUGACACAUCUUGCCCCAGUUGUGGUUUGUGUACUACAGUUUAUCUUGUAUAGUGUGAGAACCAAAAUAUUCCGUUGCUAACAGUAUAUAUUUUUUCUGAGUCGCUAUAGUUUAGCAUGCAAUAUAUGAUCUCCUGAAAGUGUACUCAGUUUCUAUCAUGUAUAAACUAAAAAAAUUCCAUGUUAUGCACGGGUUUGGACUGCAUGUAUACAAUGUUAAUUGUUUUACAUGAAUGCCCUAUAGUUUCCCAGAUUAUGUUCUAUAGUUUCUCAUACCUGCUUCAUUCUGCACCUGGCUAAAUUAUUGAUAAGUAGCUUGUUCCAUCUCUUGUUCUGCAUAAUGUUGAAUAUCAACAUCGUGUACACUGUGACUUUCGUUUGUAACCUUCUGAUGAAUAUUUCAGAGUACUCUGCUACUGUGUGUUUUUGUCCUUUAACUGUUUCCAGUAACUGGUAGUUGUUCCUGCUCCUGUUUAGGCGUCUUUGCUUAAAAUUGUGUGCAUUGUAGGUAGACAGAUUGAUGGACAUUCCAUAAAGUUUAGAAGGGUCGCCCCGUCACGUGCAUGACACAUGUUUUUUCUAAUCGCUGAGGUACUUUGUAUACACUGGGUUCUUCCCAAGUCAACGUGGUAAGUUCUUUGCGCUAUCUGUUCUAUUUUUUCUGCUAGGAAAUGUUUUUGUGUGAGCUGUGGAUGAUCGUAACAAGCUGCUGCGUAGUAUACGUUUUGUAUGUGUCUGGCAAGGACUCAUUUACAACUUUCUAUGACACUUAGUUGUUUGUUGACAUUUGGAAGUUGGACAUAAUAUUGUUUUCGCACUUAUCGUGAGGUGAACUCAUGCUGGUUGAAGUUAAAAAUGCCGUAUUUGCUGCUUGUCUGAUUAUUGACUAUAAAUACUAUUCUUAAUUGUGCCUUUCUCAAACUGAAACCCAAAGAGUAAAAGAAUAUUUUUAGCUCCUGCAUGACUACUAGUAGUCAGGUCAUAAGUUACACAUGGUUAAAUAUUUUGCAAUUGGAAGGCCACACCACUAUAUUGGUGUAACAUGCAUCCUUGCCCUUCUUGGUUGCUUGGCAUUCAGAUAAAAAUAUGUUUGUUUUUCCGUUAGCUAACCAACCUUUCCCAAGACCUGUAUGGUCAUAUGAAGUUUUAGUCUUUUGUAGGUAUUCCAGAAUGUACCCUUGAUUUUAAACCAGUUUUGAACAAAAUGCGCGGACAAGAUCAUGCACCUUUUGCUACCUAGUAUGCCUGUGCAAGUUCAGAUAUGGACAUGAUGUUAUGUUAUUAUUAUUUUAAUUUAGAAGCAAUUUCAUGGUAUGAUCUUUUUUAUGUUGUAUCGUCAUGCAGGAGUGAUCAAGAGCAUUAUGAUUGAGCUCAAGGUUGAGGAAGAUCAAAGAGAAGUCUCGGCAAAGAAAUGGUAGCUAGUUAUUGCCCAGAGCAGUUAUAAUUUAAUAGCUGAGACGUUUGCACAUGUGAUACGUAAUGUGCAAAUACUGUAAUUGACUUAACGAUGUUGUACUGGUUGUAACUUGAACUACUGUAAAUUUUCAUUUGCUCUCUAUCUGUUAUGUCCACAGUACUGGCUGUUAUUUUAA